GAUUCCCCGUCCUAGGAGUCCCCGGAGAGUUCUGGUCUCAUCCAUUCUUCACCUGCCUGGAGGAACACAAGAGGAACAACCAGCUCCCCGUGAAUCCUUCUGCGCCUGUAGGCAAAUCUCUCGCCCCAUUUGGUGCUAAAUGUCUCUUUCCCUCCCAGACACCACGCAAACCGACAAAGGGAUUUCGUUCCUUGCAAAGCUUGUUCCAAGCUUCUCCCAGGGCCCGCCGUUAAUCCCGGGAAGCCUGACUGACCCCAGGAAGCCUGACUGACCCCGGGAAGCCUGGCUUCCCCCCAUGGCAGCUGCCUACAGACACGUCCCCAGCAAGAGGGCAGGUCUGUGGGACACCCACGCGCGCGACGGCGUCAAAGACACGGGGACGUCCCCGAGGCCGUGCUGGGAAGCGGUGGCAGAGGAGGGAGACAGAUACAGGCAGUGUGUUGCCUGUCCAGGUGCUGGGCUCCCCUCUCCGUGCCCCUGCCUGUUCCUCCUGCAGCUUGGCUGCCUGUCACCGCUUCCCCUGGGGCAGGUCCCGGACACCUGUGAGCAGGCAGGCAAUGCCCACAGAAAGUCAGCUCAAAGCUGGUUUGCUGGCAGCAAGCAGCCCGUGCCCACCUUGGAACCAAUCCAGGGAUGCUUUUGCCGGUGCGUGCUGCUAUGUCCUGCCCUGAGGUCUCCAUCCCCGGGAGGUUUCCUGUCCCUCUCCCCAGCAGUGACUGCUGCUGCUCUGAGCCUCUCCAGCGCUCACGUUUCACCAGCCAUAAAAGUGUCUGGAGAAGGAAAGGGAGCCGUGGCGUGCCGGGCGAGGGGAGGGAGCGAUGUCUGUCCCUGCCACUGCUGCAAACCCUGUCCUGCCGCCCGGGGCAGGCAGCCGCUGGUCUCCCUGUGGUGACCCAGCCCCUGGCCUCCCCCUCCGCCUGUCCUGUGUGACUGGAGAGGUGCCCAAAAUGGAUCAAUGAGCCACCGAGAGAAAAUGAGCCGGCAGCGAUUCCUCAGCCCGCGAGCAGGCGAUGGGAUGUCCAUUGCACAGGGCUGCCAGACGAGGCACAGGGACCAUGGACUGGUUUGUGGGGACCCAGAAAGAUGGGGGCACAGCAGCUGUUGGGGGUCCAGAGUCGAGCUCUCUCCUCUCUGCUCCGGCUCAGGCUCAGCCAGCCUGAAGGCUCCUGCAGCUCUGUUUCAAGGUUCAGCACAGCAUUUGCUCACCGACCCACGCUGCCGGCUGCAGGGACCCCCCUCUGCCUGGACCCCAACCAUGGCCAUAACCAUGACGGCUUUGGCCGGGUGCAGCAGCAGACCAUGCUGAGCCCCGCAGCCCCUGCCUGGGAAGGAUGCUCAUCACCAUGCUCCCUCUUUUCUUUUCCUCCUGCAUCCCAAACGCCUCAAGCCACCGGUGACCCCGGUGCUGCCGCACACGAGCUUGCCACGGCUCAGCUCAGCCCCGAGGCACUUCGAUGCCCGGCGGUUCCAGUGUCCCCCACAGCAGCCCCCCAGGCUUCCCAUCCAUCCCAGUGCCAGCUGGCCCUGCCACGGGAUUAGGCGGGAGCACGCAGGGAAAACACUGAGCAUCUCUCCGGAUCAAACACCCACGGGGCAGCGGGGAGGGGGUGUAAUUCAUCUCCCCCUCCCCGUUCGAGGCCAGCUGGGGGCUGCCCAGCGCCGGAGCUGGGGCGAGCGUGCAGCCACCAUUUAUUGGCAGCAGGAGGGAGGCGAUCGGGGGAGUCAGUCAGGUGUGGACGAGGUAUGAGGGAAGGCAGGGAUGGAGCCGUGCUCGUGACAGCCGGUGCUGCCGAACGCUCGCGCGCAUCCCUCCUCCCGCCGAGAUGCAGCAGGGCCGGCCAUCCCUCUGCUGCGUCUCCACCAUCCGCAGCUCUCAGGGACCACCCGAGCCAGCCGCCGCCGCUCACUUCAGCUUCUGCCGCAGCCUCCUGGAGCACACGGUCUCGGCCGAAAACCUCAGCUACCGCCUGCAGAGGAACCCGGGCAGCAGCCUCACCUGGCACGACGGCCGGAGCCAGCGGGCCGACGGCGGCCGGACCGUCAAGCUCCUGCGGCAGCCAGGGACCGAGGGCUCGCAGGGCCGUGCCUGUGACCACUAUGGCAUCUACCACACCAGCCCCACGCUGGGCAGCCUGGCCAAGCCAGUGGUGCUCUGGACCCAGCAGGAUGUGUGCAAAUGGCUGAAGAAGCACUGCCCGCAUAACUAUCUCAUCUACGUCGAGGCGUUCUCCCACCACGCCAUCACAGGUCGGGCGCUGCUGCGGCUGAACGGGGAGAAGCUGCAGCGCAUGGGCAUCGCUCAUGAAGCGCAGCGGCAGGAGGUCCUGCAGCAGGUCCUGCAGCUCCAGGUGCGCGAGGAGGUCCGAAACCUGCAGCUGCUCAGCCAAGCUUCUUUUGGAAAUGUCUCCUAGCUGAUCCGUCUGUUUGGCAGAUUGCACCAACACUGUGAACCGAGCACCUCUGGGAUGGACUGUGCACCGCCGAUACGAGACCUGAACCACACACUUGGAAUACGAAGAGACAGCUUCCCAGCCACGCCGGGGCUUCUCUCCUUCUUCUCCCUCUUUCUUUUUUUAUGAAUACAUUUCUGUGCAGAGAUGGGAGGUUUCCUCCAGCAGACGUGGCUCUUGGCUGGAGGAAAAUUAGCAAAACAGCCGCUGGGACAGAUGAACUUUUGCCCACCUGAGCCUGAGGGUUCACAGGGAAAGAGAUGGAAAAAAGGAGACGGCGACAGGCAGGGCUCAGCAUUGCGGACAAAUCGAGCGCAGUUAUUCCUGGGACGGCUCAGAGCCAUGCACAGGAAGAUGAAGCCUUAUGCACAUGGGCGACAUCCCAGCACCCGGCGGCUCGUGUCCGUAUCUUGGAGCUUAUUUAGGGAGCUUUAGUCUUCUCUUCAGACUGGGCUGUCUUCCAGCAUCCCAGGAGGUAAAAUUAUCAGUAGCAAAUAAGAUGACCUGACCAGCCAAAAAAAAUUAAAAGCAGCGCCAAGCCACCAGCACCCGGCUCCACUUGGUGAGUUAAAAAGGGAGCUGAGUCAUCAGAGCUGGAAAAUCUGGGAGCAAAGGCAGGGUGGACGCGCCAGGAGGGUGCCGUGACCUGGAGGAAGCUGUGCCAGGAUCUCGUCCUUCAUCCGUCCUUGUUUGCGGGCAGACGGGGAAGCCGAUGCAGGGGCCGGGUGGGAGAAACCGAGGAUGCUGCCAGCUGGUGCCGGGUGCUGCCUGGGGUGAGGCUGGGGGUUCCUGGGUGCCAGGUCCCCCCCAGUCCCGGUGCCUAGUCGUGCUCCUUCCCACACCCUCUGUGCUCCCACCAGCUCUUUGCAAAGCUUUGCUCCUCCGGGCAUUUGCAAAUGCUCAUCCCGACCUCCUGCCCAGGGGCUGGGGACAGUGCCACCAAACCAAGGCACCGUCCUGAUGACCCAGCUCGUCAUUAAGGUGAAGCAACUUUUACUGUUACACCCCCCCCACCCCCCGAACCCCCCACUGUCCGGAGCCACAGACCGCUCAUGCAGGCAGGUAAGGAAAAAUGAUGUGUAAAACCGAGGAUUUGGGGGAAGGGUGGAUGCUGUCACCUCCCCGCAUUCCCCCUCUGGUGACAAGGACAGGGCUGUGGAGCCAGGGGGGGUCCAAAAACAGCAGCACCCCAAAGCCCCUGGGGCAUCGGAACUGGCAGGGGUGCGCAGGCAGGUCACGGUGGCCCCCCCGGCCGGGUGCCCACCCACCACUCGCCUGCUCCUCUGCUGGUAAUAAAAUAAGAGACUGUUAUUUUAA